GUACAAUCUUCCAAUAGCUCCAAGAGUCGAGAAUUGCAUAAUGAACCAUGGUCUGUCUUGUUUGAAUUUUAUAUAGUCAAAUAUUAUUCUCCCAUAUCUCGAAGUCGCUUUGAUAUCAUCUUCCAACUGCAUGUAAUAAUCAGCUCGUCUGCUACCGUAGUUCAUAAGAUAGAUGUAAUAUGGUAGAUGUAAUUGUUCGUGAUCUCAUCCUUUAAGUUCUGUGGUGUGCUAUGAGGUAAAGAAUCGAUGUGUUGAAAUACAGGUGGGCUGACCAUAAUACGAUGUAAAUUGCGAGCAUUGAAACACUGGGUUCUAUUGUAUUCUGGAGAACAGAAACGACUGAAUUCGUCAUCAACAAGAAUCCAUCCCACUGGUUUAAAUUGA